AUGGCAGAUGAGCACACGGAAAAUCCCAAAGAUACGAAGCAUGUGCUCGACGUCACAGUUGCGGAUGCAGACGAUGCCCUCCGUGCUCUAGCAGAUGUUCAGUACCAAUCGCAAGAGCCUCUCUCGCCGCAGGAAGACCGUCGCAUACUUCGUAAGGUGGACAUGUGCCUCAUCCCACUUUUGUUCUUCUCGUAUCUUUUCCAGUACUUGGAUAAACAAGCAAUGGGAUACAGUGCCAUUCUGGGUCUGAGAACUGACCUGCAUCUGGUGGGACAAGAUUACUCUUGGGCAAGUAGUAUUUUCUACUUUGGCUAUCUCGUUGCGUCUGGCAUUGUUGCUGUUUUGAUUGUGCGGUUACCCGUAGGCCGUUUCAUGUCUGGCUCCAUGGGUAUAUGGGCAGCGAUUCUCAUGCUUACCGUCUUGUCAAAGAAUGCAUCAGGCUUGUGGGCUGCCCGUUUCUUUCUAGGAUUUGUUGAAUCUGCUAUUGCCCCUUCAAUGAGUCUCAUCAUUUCCAUGUGGUAUAAGAGGUCGGAGCAGCCUAUUCGUCAAGCGGCUUGGUUUAUGGGCAAUGUGAUCGGUGGUCUCGUUGGUGGUCUUUUGGGGUAUGGAAUCGGGCAUGUUAACUCAAUUGCACCUUGGAAAGCACUGUUCCUAUUAUUUGGUGGUAUCACUUUUGCCUGGUCGAUUCUCUGUUGGUUCCUAAUUCCCGAUAGCCCUUUGACAGCCUGGUUCUUGUCACAAGAGGACCAGGUAAAGGCUAUUGAGCGGGUUCAAGACAAUCUGACAGGAAUCAAAAACCAUCAAGUAAAACGAUAUCAGGUUGUUGAGGCUCUUCUCGAUCCCAAAACGUGGCUACUUGCACUAUUUCAGUUCACGCAGAAUGUUCCAAACGGCGGUGCAGGUUCCUUUGCUUCAAUCGUAGUUGAGGGUUUCGGUUUCAGUCGCCUCAACACACUUCUUGUUCAAAUGAUCGCUACUGCCUACCAAAUUUUCUUUAUCGUUCUAUCGGCCCUCGGCAGCACCUACCUCAAGAACACUCGAACUUACUGGAUGGCUCUUAAUACUAUUGUUGCUCUAAUCGGCACUGUUAUGAUUCGGGAAAUCCCUGCCGAACAAAUCUGGGCUCGCUUUGCUGGGUACUGUUUCAUUAUCGUCUUUUCAGCUAAUUUCCCGCUCACAAUGGUGAUGAUAACAAGCAAUACAGCUGGGUUCACUAAGAAAGCCACAACAACAGCAGUGGUAUUCGUCGCGUAUUGUGCUGGAAACAUCGUCGGUCCUCAGAUAAUGUUUGCAGACGAAGCACCGAGUUACCCGUCUGGAUUCGCUGGCAUGCUUGUAUGCUUUGCCUGUUCAGCUGUUAUCACUAUGAUACUCCGGUUAUAUCUAAUAUGGGAGAAUAAGAAACGGGAUGCCCUUGGCGAAGCACCGGAUGUUGUUGAGAUUGAUGGAUUUCCUGUGCCAGCAUCUUCGUUGAACCUGAUUGACAAGACGGAUUGGGAGAUACAUCAGUUCCGCUAUGUGUAUUAG